AUGAGUGCAGACGAAGAAGAUACCGCAAAGCCAGAACACACGGAAGAAGAGCCCAAGCAGGAGCCAGCUGCGGAAGCUCCAAUUGCAGCUGAGCAACCUGGAACAGAAGGUUCCAAUGGGCCAAUGAGUUCAUCUCCCGAAGGUGCGGAACAUCCGUCUCCCAAUAGCGAGCAGCCGGUAGAAGGCGAAAUGGGUAAUCACGCCAUGCCAGAAGGUGGUGUUGCGGCUCCUGUUUCGGAGCAACAUGAGCACAUGCCUCCACCAGAGAGUGAAGAACAUCAAGCACAAGCGACAACUCCAAACCACCCACGGUAUCCAUAUCCUCCAGAGGGAUAUUAUCCGCCGGGUUAUCCGCCACCCCAUCCUUCGGCCGAUGGUGGCCAUGGAUAUCCUCGUGAGGCUUAUCCGGGGGGUCCACCACCAUAUGGAGUGCCACCACACAUGGGAGGAUACCCAAUGUACUCCUACCACCAACCUCCCAUGUAUCCACAUUACCCUGGCUACCCUCCACCUCCCAUGUACGGUUACCCACCACCGGAAGGUUAUCCAGAUCAGCAAGGGGUCGGCGUGAAUCCCUAUGCUCAACAAAUCGAUGAUGUCCACGGCGAAGACAAAGGCGAGGACAAGAAGGCUCAUAACCCAGUGAUGCCCUCGGCACUUGGGUCUGCCUCCAGACUCAAGACUUAUAUCAAGCCAAGGCCUCCAUCUUCGCAAGAUGUCUUGGAUCGUCGUUCCAGAAAGAAUGCCCAGUCACGAGCAAGAGCUUCAAAACUCAGGGAGAGAAUAGCCAUUAUUGAAACCAAGCCAGCGUCGGAACGAACAGAAGAAGAGAAAGCUAUUUUCGCUACUUUUGAAGCUCGUCGCCAGAGAAAAAAUGACAGAUCCAGAGAACGUGCGCUGGAAAAGAAGGAGGAGAUUGAUAGAAUUCUUGCAAAGCCAGAGAAGAGGCGGACGAAAAUUGAAAAACAAUUUUUGGAAGGUGCACUGAAUGCGAAGAAACGAAAGAAUGAAGGUGAUAGACUCCGUAGACAGCGUCUGAAAGAACUGGGUUUGUCAUCGAAGACAACUGGCUUGAAGCCCGGUAUUUCGGCUCGUGGACCAAUUGGAAUCUAUCGCGGUGGAAUGCCACCACAUCCACAUUAUGGUCCGCAAAUGGGAGAGAUACCCAUGUCCCCAAUGCCUCCCAUGGGUGGCCAUCACCAUCAUCAUCAACAGUCACCCGGUGGCUUUGCAGCAGGAUCUCCAGGUGGCAUGAUGCCAGGAAUGGGUUUUGCAAGUCCUCAGCACCCUCGAAGAUCGGAAGCGGGAGUCUUGGAGACUCCUGGCCGACAACCUGGUCCUGGACACCUGCCCUACAUUCCUCCUUCACAAUCCUACGAUGGACAACCACACCAAGGAGGUGGUUCUCGCGUCGAACAGAGACGCCAUGCAGAUGGUUCUAUGAGCAUCUCAAUAGGAGGCGAGGGCGGUGGCCCUCAGUACCCUCCCGAAGGAGAACAGGGGACUGACCUGAACGACAUGCUCCUCUACAACGAUCAAGAAGGUGGGGAAUCUGCCAAAGAUGUGUAG